AUGAAGUUCCCAGCGUGCAUUGCCAAACGUGUGAUGGGAGCAAAGUCCCUGCCCCCAAAGAAGGAAGAUAAGUCGCGCAAAUCCAAAGCCAGGGGCGAUCAUCUCAAAAGCUGUGAUGCACUUCCUUAUAUGGACAAUUCAGGUGACUUCAGUGUUCGUGACCCUGUUACAGAGCUUCAGAUUGCCACUGCUGAGGUUUUCUAUGCUUGCCUCAAUGAUCAUGACCUCAAAGGUGCCAAUGCAGUAGUGGCUGUUGAUGCAACCUUUGUUUUCCGUGCACUGGAUGGUAGUGUGGUGCAUGAAAUGCGCUGGCAAGAUUUCCAGGAGGAAGUCCAGAAACUCUUUGACUCAUUCCCUGACUUUUGGUUCAAGCAUAAGUCAAUCAAAAGCGAAAGGAUGGGACCGUAAAAGUCCGACAUGGAGUCACCAGUGGUACCCAUUCCAGGGCCCGUUUGCCUUUGGUCCAUUCCCUCCUAUGAACGCCAGCAACACCAGAGUUGUGAAUGAUCCUGAAGAUG